AGCGAGAAGUUUGGUCGGCCGUGAGUGAGCGCCACCGGUAGAGCUAGUAAGCGACGCGUUUAUCUGACUGCUGCUCUCGGCUGUAGCCGAGGUUUGUUUUCCCGAAGAGCGAAGGGGCGGCAGAAUCCACUCCAGCCGUUGCCACUGAACGGGGGGGAAAGGUCUCAGGUGUUCGAAGAAGGUGCUGCGUAGGAGGAAACGGGGUUAACCAGGUGCCCUCACAUAAUCCUUGCCUUUUGUUACUGGGUAGCACCAUUGCAAUGGCAGCUGUGCCUUCAGCUGGCUCCCUUCUGGCCAAGAACCAGUACUAUCGAACCCGACUGAAUUCUGACUCCAGUGUUUCUUCAAGCAGUUCAUCUUGCUGUUCUGAACCCAUGACCUUCUCAGACCAGGAAAAGUCCCCCCAUGGUUUACCUGAAGUGUUUGAAAGGUGUUGGUGGAUAAAAAGUUUUUUCCACUGUGAAUCAAUUCCUCAGAAGGUUGGCAGGAAAACCUUAUCAGCUAGCAGUGCUAACAGCUGACCUGGACAUUAGUAUGAGGAUUCUUCCUACAAUGACAUUACACACAGACUCAUUUCUUGUGUGAAGAAAGCAGACUACUUGAAACAUCAGUUACAGGAGAAAUGCAUUUUCCCAAGGAUUUAUCCAUAGGUUAUUUGUAAGGCAAUCAGCAGUUCAGCUUUCCAUAUCUGCUGUAGAGUUCUUGAUAGUAAGCAGGUGUUCUACAUUUCAUAAUGACACUUGCUUAUCAUUGGAAGAAAUGCAAAUGAAACAUCUUGUUGGAAUGGAGUGUCUCCUAAUUACCCAGUUUUUCCUUUGCUAAGUUGAAAAGCUUCUGUAGACUGUCUGGGACAAAAUGAUUUAAAGUUAUUCUGUCUUAAUUUCAAGCACAAUGGUUCAUUCUUUAGCAGAAAAAUAAACAGAUUUUCCUCAUAGGUUUAGAAGUUAGCUUAACUCCAUACUUUUGUUUAAGCUAAGUUUGUUCAAAAGUGCUAAAUAUAAAUUUUUAAGUACUAUUUGUCAUAGUUUAAAAGGAAACUUGCUAAACCUUUAUUUAUGGAAGACUCCAUUAAAGAAAGCAGUGGUAUAUAUUCUGGUGCUCAACAUACUACAUGGAAGUAGGUUCCAUGGAUUUCACUGGAAUUUUCAUCCACAUAGAUAAUACUAGCACCUGUUUUGAUAUCGGAGUCAUGGAAUGCAAUUUAAACCACAACUUACAUCUUCAAACUGGAGGUAAUAUAAGAGGACUGUGCAAAAGGACUUGUAUUUAAUUAAUAUAUGCUUUAAAAGCAGAGAACAACAACUGGAAUUCAGGCUUGUUCACUUUCCUUUUUUUAAAAAAACUAUUCAGUAGAUGGAAGAACUUCGUCCUUUGUAGUAAUUUACUAAUUUGAAAUAAUCUGUAAACAUAGUCUUAUCACAUGAUGAAAAUAGCUAUGGACUUUAUAAAAGCCACAUAGUUCAUCAUGCUGUUACUAAUUUUUUGUUUGACAUCCUUUUAUUUUUCUUAAAGACUUAUGCCAAGAUGAUGACUCCUAUUCUUAAAGAUCUGUAGUAUCCUGUGCACUCAUCAUGUUAUAAUCUUGCUUUAUGAUUAUGCUACUUACUUGCCAUGUCUAGAGACACAUACUGCUUUGAAAAGAGAAUCUAAUGGGAGAAAAUGAAUGCAUGGUAAAUAAAUGUAGACAAGAACUGAAGUUCAUAAAAGAAAAGACAGUCUAUUUUGAUCUGUGGACUCACAGUUUAUUCAUCUUUGUACUUGUAAAAAAAAGUAUUGUAUAGUAUUUUCAGAGCAAUGUCUUAAUGUACAGAAUUAACUAUUUUUUUUACUACUUUUUGUAUUAAUAAAGCUU